AUGGAUUGGAGGGAUACAGAUCUAAAUGAGGAUUAUAAAUCUCCUUUUGAUUUCAAUAGUGGAGUUAACAAAAACUAUCUCUACCUGUCACCUAGUGUAAACAUCUCUCCACCUGGAUCACCUGUACAGAAGAAUUCUGGUUUGCUGAGCUCAGACACAGUACCUGAGGUAGGAGAGGAUGCUGCUGCUACUGUUAAUCUGACAGAAAAUCUUUCUGAAGAAGAACAGGAGGAACUAAGAAAAGAACUUGCUAAGGUAGAAGAGGAAAUCCAGACGCUCUCACAGGUGCUAGCUGCCAAGGAGAAGCAUCUAGCAGAGAUCAAGAGAAAAUUAGGAAUCAAUUCACUGCAGGAACUGAGGCAGAACAUUACCAAAGGCUGGCAAGAUGUGACUUCUACUUCAGCAUAUAAGAAGACAUCAGAAACCCUGUCUCAGGCUGGGCAGAAGGCUUCUGCUGCUUUUUCAUCAGUUGGCUCAGUCAUCACAAAGAAGCUGGAAGAUGUGAAAAAUUCUUCUACUUUCAAGUCAUUUGAAGAAAAGGUUGAAAACUUAAAGUCUAAAGUUGGAGGAGCCAAGCCUGCUGGAGGUGACUUUGGAGAAGUCUUAAACUCAGCUGCCAAUGCUAGUGCCACAGAAACUAUUACAGAACAGAUACAGGAGGAGACCCAGUGAGAUUCCUGCCUUUGUCCUGCUACCCACUGCCAGAUGCUGCAAGCAAAAACUAAGCACAUUUGUAAUGUUCUUCACUGUCCAUUUCCACCAGAUGUGCUUUUACUUAGCACUUAGCUUUAUAUCAAUUUGAUAAAAUAGCUUGUUUGUGGGUUUAAAAUAUUUUUGGAACUAAAGUAGAUUGUAUCAGCCUGGCUUUUGGGGGGAAGGGACAUUUUUAUGCUUUUCAAGUACUUAAAGGAUAUAUCCCUGAUUUUAAAGGCAAUCUCUAAAAUGUUGCUUUGAAAAACUUUAGACAAACCUACUAAUACUGUACAUAUAGUAUGUGGAUUCAUAACUUCCUUUUGGAGGCUGUGAUUAUUAGCAAUUCUCUUCACUUAUAAGAAUUGGCAUUCUACUUUUACUGCCAAACUGAAGGUUUACUUCACUCCUUUGGUGGUUUCAGUGCAACAGUUCCCUAAACUGGAAAUCACACUUGGAAGAUUACUCCAAGCUGCAGAAAAAGGAUUUCUGCUUCAACAUUAUGAAUAACAUCAUUAUAGCAGGUUUCCACAAGUGUAUAUUAAUCUACUGUAGUCAAAACCUGUUGAGUCCUAAACUGCAUUUGGUGCAUGUGGGGCAAAGGACAUAAUCCUAACUAGCAUUCAGACUUGCUGACUUCUCUGUGGGUCCUGUGACUAGAUUUAAUGCCCUAAGAGUGGGUUUCUCAGAGUGCUCCAAAUGAAAGUGAGAUGCCUAAUGCUGCUGGUCUAGUAUCUGAGCCAGUUUGUUUACCCCAGUACACUAUAUUGUGAGUUCUUCACUUGAUGCUUUAAUGCCUGAAUUAUUCUGCUGUGGUAAAAUGGCAGUCACUGGAAUAAUGGUCUCCAAUGGUGGUGAUUCUAAAACUACUUCUAUUCUGGUAUUAAUAUUGAAUCUUACACUAAAAACAUGGAGUGGAGAUGAAAUGUGAACACAUUCCUACAGCUGCUGCAAAAAAUAUUUCUAACAAGUCAUUACUGAUUAAUUCCAAGUCAGUUAUGGGAAUUAAUGUUUUUUAAAACCUUUCACCAUGCUGUAGUAAACUUGCACAGCAUCUGCAGGCAAGAGCCAUUGCUUUAGGAGGCAGAGGGCCUUUGAGAUGUUCGAACUAUUUCAUGUUCUCAAGACUCUUGUCCUAAGUCUUUUUUGUUAGAGGCUUGAAAAUUAGCAAUACUGUUUGCACCCUGGAGACUCCACUCCUGCUUAACCAUUGAGAUCCACUCUUGAAACUUUACCCAUUUCAAAGCCUACAGCAGACCUUGUAAGAGGGCUAUGUUGCUUUACAUGUUGACUAUAUCUACUUUAUGUACUUUGGACGUUGCUUGUAUUAUGUACAUGUCUGGCACAUGUUGGUCGUUAUCAAAUUGUAACUUAUGCCAAAUGUCUCAUCACUGAGCUUGGAAUGAACUGGAAGCAAUUAAAAAAACUAACUGCAAAAA